CACUGUCCCGUCCCAUGUAGCAACCACUCACACAAACACAUGUCCACUACUCUUCUCAUUCAUUCCCAACUUCUCCUCUCACUUAACACCUCAUUUUAUCACAUUCUUCUAACACUUCCUCUUCUUUCUCCCUGCAAAUGCAUUUCACAAACUGUAAGUAGUUAGUGGCACUUUAGUUUAUCAAACUACAUUGAUUGCUUGAUCAGAAUUGAAGAAAACAAGUUCUAGCUAUAGGUUCAUUGCUGAGCUUUGCUUUUGAAUGGGUUUGUCUUCUCUUCACGUUUGCAUGGACACAGCAGAGCAUUGGUUACAGGGCACAAUUCACGAUGAGUCUGGAAUGGAUUCUUCCUCACCUUCGGGUGACAUGCUUACAUGCUCAAGGCCCAUGAUGGAGAGGAGGCUGAGACCCCCACUUGACCAAGCUCUCAAGUGCCCAAGGUGUGACUCUGCCCACACCAAGUUCUGCUACUACAACAACUACAGCCUCUCUCAGCCCAGGUACUUCUGCAAGACUUGCAGAAGGUAUUGGACCAAGGGAGGAACUCUCAGAAACAUCCCCGUCGGCGGAGGAUGCAGAAAGAACAAGAAAGUUUCAAACAAGAAAUCCAAUGACCCUCAUUUGUCUAACAAUAAUCAAAACCAAUCCCAACCAGGAGUACCCUCCUACCAUCAUCACAACCCUAAAGAUCUUCAACUCUCUUUCCCAGCUGAUGUGCAAUUUUCCCACCUGAGUAACUUGCUUGGGGCUAAUGCUGGAGCAUUAGGAAACCCUAAUUUCAUGGAGAGCAAGUAUGGAAACAUUGGCAUGCUUGAUAACCCUAGGCCUAUUGAUUUCAUGGAGAGUAAGUUGGAAGGCAUAAUUGGGAGUAGUGGUUCUAGGAAUUUUGAUUUUUUUGGAAAUAGUCAUCAUGAUAUGGGCAUGGCUGUUGGGCUGGGAGAUCAUCAUAUGAGUGGUACUCAAAAUGGGAUGCCACCAAAUUUUCAUGGUCUUUGCUCUCCUUCAUUUGGUGGCAUGUCCUUUGAUGGGGUUGGCAGCCACAAUAACAACAAUGGAGCUUACUUAAUGGACUCUUGCCAGAGGCUUAUGCUGCCCUAUGAUCAUGCCAAUGAUCAGGAUCAUAAUGAGGCUUCAAUUGAUGUGAAGCCAAACCCUAGACUAUUAUCCCUUGAAUGGCAAGACCAGGGUUGCUCUGAUGCUGGAAAAGAAUCAUAUGGGUAUCUCAACGGUCCAGGAUCAUGGACUGGUGGCAUGAUGAACGGCUAUGGAUCCUCCACAAACCCUUUGAUCUAAAAGGCAAACCUCUCAGCUUGGUUAAUUUGAUCAAUUAAUCAACCUAAUCAAUUCACCAUCUAAUUAUAUAAUAUAAUUAUAUUAUAUAUACAUAAAAGCCUUUUUAUGUGAGGGUUCCUUGUAGUUUCCUAUGUAGUCCUUGUGGUCCUAGUACUAUUACUUAACCAAGAGAGUGUGAAUGAGAAGCUUCAGAGUCCAAAUCUACUGCCUUGGUGCUUUACCUUUUUGGUUUUUUUAUAUGCUGUGUCUUGGUGUGCGACACGUCAUGAAAGCUUUAGGAUUUAUGUAUGAUCGACAAUGUAUGAUGAUGUAACAUCGAGGAAGAUAUGGUAGUUUCUUUUUCCAGUUAAAGAAAAUAUGCAGUAGUACUAUAUUAUCUUUAUAGUGGAACACUUUGUCUCUAUGCUUGUGGGGCUA